UAAGGUUGCGUAACAAAAAAAAUUAAGUUGAGUGCUAACUUCAACCCAGUCGGGGCGAGCUUCGUAAUCGUCCACUUAAAAUGGUAAUGCCAGCUUACUGGAUCUUAAAGAAAUCAAUUAUAAGUGAAGCCCAGAUAGGUUCUAAAAUUGCAUUUGACGCCCUCGCUCCCAGAAGGAGUCCACAUCCAAAGGCGGAGAUCCAGUAAACCCACCGAUUCUCAGCACGCCUGCACACCUAGGGCACGUUCGGCCAGCGGCGCGUGCGUGUUCCAAGGACCACGCGACUGCAGGGGGCAGCAAAAAGCAAGGGUGGAAAGAACUCACCCUUUCCUCGCGGUCCUCUGUGACGUCAGACGGGGGUCUCCUGGCAACGGGACUCCAAACAGCGCGCCGGCACUUCCUCUCGGCUGGGGAGCGUGGAGGUUCGGGCAGCAACACCAGCCCCAGGGGGGGCGGGCGGAAAGGAUCGGGACAAUCAUGGCGCUACCGCUCCUGCCCGGAAACUCCUUCAACAGGAAUCUAGGGAAAGAAAAGUUCCAUAAGUCUCAACAUUGGAGUUACUGCAAUAAGGUUUCUAUGUUGGUGGGAGAAGACAAACCUGGAAUAGGAGGUGAACCUUUGCCUGGGCAAAAGCUGAAACCAAAGUACAGUGUUUUUCCUAGAGGACUUGGAAGUGAUGCCCCUUCAUGGGUAGCAUUUGAUAAACAGGUAUUGUCUUUUGAUGCAUAUUUUGAUGAAGAAGUCCCUGACAAAAAUCAAGAACCGUACAGAAUAAGACACUGCAAAAUAUAUUUCUAUCUGGAAGAUGAUACAAUUCAGGUGGUUGAACCCCAAGUGAAGAACAGUGGAAUUCCGCAAGGAACACUUAUUCGGCGUCAUCGGAUCCCACUUCCACCACCUGAUGAAGAUCAGUUCUAUAACAUAGAGUAUUUCAACCUCAACACAGAUAUUGUAUUUUAUGGACGAAGAUUUAAGAUUAUAGAUUGUGAUCAAUUCACGAAAAACUUUUUGAGGAAAAUGGGAGUGAGAUUAAAGCCUCCACAAAAUCGUCCGGAUGAUCCAUAUACCAAAGAACGUCAAAAGGUGGUAGACAGCAUGACACCUUUGCGUCCAUACGAGCGCUUUGACACCCUUCGACAGUUUCUUGAGCACGAUGGGCAUGUUUUACGCUUCUACGGCAUUUGGGAUGAUACUGAGACAAUGUUUGGGGAUGUACGAGAAAUUGUGUUACAUUACUUUUUGUCUGAUGACACCAUUGAAAUAAAAGAAGUGAUUCCAAUGAAUUCAGGUCGGGAUGCUGUACCCCUGUUCCUCAACAGACAAAAGUUACCAAAGUAUGCUCCAGUUGGAUUGUACCAGCCUGGCAUAAUCACAGAUCGCACAGUAUUGAAUGUUUUUGGAGGUCUGGUAGGGAAUAAAGGUCGUUACAUUCUGGAUAAUCGUAAGACAGGAGCUGUGCAUCAGGAGUUUUAUAAGGACUGUGACCUGAGGAUAGGGUCAGCAAUCAAUGUUUGGGGAAGAAAGAUACUUCUCUGUGAUUGUGAUGAAUUCACCAAAGAAUAUUAUAGGACGAAGUAUGGAAUCCAGGACUUUACUCCAAUUCCAUACAAGACACCACUUCCUCCAAAAAUAGAACGGACAUUUCCACCAUACAAUGGAUUUGGUUCUGAAGAGGACUCUCUUUGCUCCUGCAUGGGCUUGCUUCCCAAACCUCCCCAAAAAGACUUCAAGAAAUUCAUGGAAAAAGACAGGCAAGGCCUUGAAAGUAAUAUACUGCGGUUUCUCGCACAACUUAUUACUACUGAUCCCAUUGACAAGGACCGGAAAUUCAUUAUUUCUUAUUUUCUAAGUGAUGACACCAUUUCAGUGUUUGAACCUCCCCAACGAAAUACAGGCGUAAUUGGUGGGAGGUUCCUGGAAAGAAGCCGUAUUAAAAAGCCCGGGCAAGAGCUGUAUAAAAGUGAGCUUCCUGAGUACUACAAAGCUGAGGAUCUAUAUGUCGGCGCCAAAGUGUGUUUCCAUGGCCACGUCUUUGUUUUGGUGGAUGCUGAUGAAUAUGCUUUCAACUACAUGGAGAAGCAUGCAAAUGAGUUUGCUAUGGCUGAUAUAAACAUAAUCUUAAACAAACUGAAAAUGAAAGGAGAACCUCAGUCAAGAGAGAUUAAGCAGAUUUUCGCAGCUGCUGAUCCUCAACAUACCACCAUUAUUGAUUAUGAUGAAUUCAGAAAUUUGAUGUUGAAUAUCUCUGACGGACAAUUAACAGAACAUGAAAUUAUGACCCUUGGACGAUAUUACAGUGUACGACAUGAAAAUGAGAUGGAUGCCACGUACCUUCUAGCAGUGUCACAGGAACGACUCAAAAAAAGUAACUUUGAGAAUUUUGGCCAACUUCUGGCCCACUUGGCAUACAGUGACCGAGACAAAUGUGGACUGUUGCCCAGUGACAAGUGCAGGACUAUUUUCAAAGCUUUCAGGAUACCACUGGAAGAUGAUUUUCUGCGAGCACUGCUGGCUGCGUGUGAAGACUGCAAAGAACAAGUAAAUUACAAAAAGCUGGUUGACGGGCUGGACUGGAGAGAGCAUCCAAUUCCAGCUUUCCAGACCAUCUUGAUUCCUCUACAGUAUGAAGAUGAAUGGAGCGGGCAGCCACCAACCCUUCCAGUGAAAAAAAUCAAGUACUUACCACUAAUAGAGGAUGUAUUUGGCAUCAAAGAUUAGAUAGCCCAUCCACUCAACCUGUUACGGAUAAACGUUGCAACUUUCUCUAGAAAUGUAACUGUACAUUUUUAUUUAAACAAAAUAAAAUAAUCAUAGUCAUAGA